UUGCUAGAAUUUCAAAGUUAAAUUUGCAAAUUUUAGUUAUUGUGAAUUGACAAUUGUACGAACAAGAUGUUAAAAAUUCUUUUCGUAAUCAUUCUCUUCGAUUUAGCAUUGGGCGGUAAACCACGCUUUAAAGCAUGCGAUUCCACGAUGGGAUAUGUUGAUGCGUUUAGCCUAAUAGGCCUUGAAGUAAAAAACGGGAAAUACAUUUUGGAGAAAACUGGGAGAGCAGGCGUAGAAGUUAUGUUCGGAGUCAAUCAGGAAGUGAAGGGAGCAUAUAUUGUUUUACAAGCAUUUACGCAAGGUUUUUCAACUCCAUUUCCCUGGCCUAUCAUGGAUAUGUGCGGUACAGAGCCAGGCUUCUGUCCUUUUGUUGUUGAUGAUUUGUUCUACUACGUUGAUUUUUUGGAUCUCACGUUAUGUCCUGCCAAUGGUGAGGGCAUUAUGCAGAUAAAAGUACUAGACAAAGAUAGUAAUGCAGUUAUAGCUUGUGCUGAGCUUCCUAUAACAACAGCCUGUUAGUAAAUUGUUUAAAAUUUCUACUUACUUAUAUGUUACUUAACAUUUCUUCUAUAUCACAAUGUAAUAAUGACUAUAAAAGUUUAAAC